AACAACAAACUAUGUAUUGACAACCACUUAAGAUUUUUAAAAUAAAUGAAAAAUUAAGUGUGAAAAUAUAUAAAAAAAGAGUCGUUACUCGUCAAAAUUAUAAGUGAAACAAGUCACCUAAAACGAGUUUACACAGAAAUCGAGGUUCAAAAGUUCGGUUAGAAGUGAAGAAGGGCAUACGCGCACCUCACAAUCCACCGUUUAAACACGGUUGCAUACUUUCAAAUUGAGGUUGUAAUUCAACUUAUUUAUUAUGUUUAUGUUUGAGUCUUAAAAAAGUAAACUUAAAAAAAAGAUAAACAGAAUCAAAACAUUUUUUUUAUAUAUUUUUGGACUAAAAUAGAUAAUCAAGAACAUGCAUGCACAAUAAACACAAAUAAAAAUUGAAUGGACUGAUUUGAUUAAAAUAAAAAAAAUAAAGAACUGAUUUGAAAAGAUUUGAAACUUUUGGACUAAAAGUAGAAAGAUUCAGCAGGACUCCGCCCCGCCCCGACCAUGCCAUUGCCGAAGCAAGUGCAUGCUGCAAUCUGUUCGAGUCCAACUAGCCCUACAUUCACGCAAUCUUCCUCUACCUCAGGCUUUGGGGAGUUCGUUCUGCUUUUCUCUUUUAUCUCACAUAACGAAAACAAGGAUCAGUCCAUUUGAAUCAGGCUUAGUUUGAAGGUUUUAGAUUCAGCUCUAAUUAACUAAGCUAAGAAAGAAGAAGCAAUUCUAAUUCUAAGGUUAAGGCAUCCCAACUAAGUUCUGGACCUAUCUGAAUAAUUAUCCUAUGAGGUA